AUGCUACCGUUGUUAGAUCCAUACCAGCAUGCGCAAAUUGCGUGUGGCGGUGUAGAUAAGGUGAACUCUUUACCGUCUAGUGUUAGCGCUUCAUCUAUUGAGGGCGCUACUACAUUAUCAUUUGAUUCUAGGAGUAGAAAUUCGCUUCCCAAUAGUUUAAGUUCCUGUCAGGAAAAUGGGCAGCAACACUCGUAUCAGCAGCAUCAGCAGGGGCUGGCUGAUUGUUGUUCAUAUGGGUGUCCGCAGGUGCCGCAGACGAUACCGGAAGUUCCGGGUUAUAGCAGGUCUUCUGAUGGACAGUCAUAUGGUGUGCCAGUGUAUGUGCCACCAAAUGACGAUGUGAUGAUGUGGAUUGAUCCUAUGCCUGCACGGCCGCCACCGUACCGGUCUGUUAAUGCAAAUCAACGAAUAGCGUAUCCUGUAUUUGAAAGGGAGGAGGAUGGUUGUUUACCUGCCUACAGGCCGGCGGUGUAUGACGUAACAGUCGUUAUGAUGAAGUUGGAAUGGGUGUCUCCGUACCAACCAGCUACAAUGAGGGCGUGGAAACAUUACAUAAUGGAGAUCAAUUCCACACAGCUCAAUUUUUAUCACAUCGAUGACUCGUUAGUCCGUUGGAUCAAGGAGAACCAUAAAGAUUCAGAAUUGGAUUCAUUCCGCCCGCGCGCAGCGGCGUCUUCCGCGUUAACAGAUAGUGCUAGUAGUAGUUCUAGCCAACAUAGUAGUCGAUUUUUCUCGUUGCACUUCUCGAAGGAGGCGUAUCAGUUUACUGGGGCAGAGCAGGAGUGGAUAGCUCGUAAGGUAAAGGGUGAUAGAAAACGGUAUUUGUCCAAGGAUAAGCUGUACAAAAGUUAUUCGCUACAGUUCGCUACCUUCGGCAUACCUAUGGAUUAUAAAAAGAAGAGUUAUGUUCUUCGGAUGCGGUGUCAGACCAAUCAAUUUCUACUAAAUUUUGCUUAUGUCGAUGAUAUGAUCAUGUGGAAUGUGCUUCUUUCGGUAGGAAUAGGUGUUGCGUUGGAUUUGGAUCAGCGCGAGAUGCCUUCAUACAGGACUGUGCCCAGGAGACGUCGGUGUAGACGGCGCAGGAAGCGGCGUACAGAUAACCUAGCAACUGCUCACGCUAGGGGUUCUGCCAAGUCGACAUCCUUCGUAAAUUGUAGUCGUUACAACAACGUAUUAGGGUUGGUGGCUACGAGCCUGGAACGUCACCAGAUAUGGGGAAGUGGCCGGGAGAGAUCUAGCAAUAAAGGUUUACCGACAGCCGAUUUUGGCUUAGGCUUGGGUUGGCGCUGGAGGCGUCGGCGCCCGGACGAUUCGUGCCUGAAUGUGCAGAUGAGUCGAGAAUCGGCGUACAGACACUCAUGCAGGACGAAUGAAUCUACUAUUACCAAUAUCACUUCAAGAUUAAAAAACAUAUUCACACACGAUAAAAAACAUUGUACUACAUCCACUAGUCUGAGAAUGGAUGCACAGAACAUUAAUGGCCUAUAUGGCAUCGUUGAAGCUAAAAAUGAGGAGAGGUUUCAGGUACCCAGUUUCCCGAAAUCUUCUCUUUUAAAAAAGCAUGGCGCUAGCAGUGCUUCGCCGGUGAUUGACUCUGGAAGACAGAUAACCCAUAAUGGACCAAGUUUAAUGUCAUCAGACACUGUAUCUGCCAGCACAGACUCUUCUUCUACUACAACGCCGCCAAUUGCUCGGCUUUCUAGUGUUACUGAUCCAGCUGUAGAUCGUGCUACAGGGCCGUCGAUAGGAGUAGAAACGAUCAAUAUAGUUCCCACCAUUCCUGAAGGAUUUAAGCCUAGUGGUUUCCGAGAGGAGCAUCCUGUUGUAUGCGAAACUGAAGAAGAAGUGAUUGGGGCGGAGGACGUGGAUGAAGACUCCAUGGAAGUCGAUAUCAGUAGCAAUGAAGGCAGUGAAAAUACCCAAGAUGACAGCCACCACUCCUACCACCGCACCCACAAUUCGAUUUACCUUGAUGAAGGCAUCCUUAGUGAAAGCGAGGAUGACUACAUGUAUGACAUGAACAACGUUCCGAUAUCGAAUAGAUUGUCAGGCCUGGAAUCGGCACGAUGGGUCACUAGUUCCCCAAACAUCAGCAGUCAGCUGAAUAUGCAAUUUGAGUACGGUUCAACCCAAGAAAAAUGGAACCAACCAAAAAAGGAAAUUCCAAGAAGGAGGUACAUACGGGAUUCGCUACGUUGCAUCCGCCCGUUAUAUGAUGAUGAUCCAUGGCUCGGAACUAUAUUGGUACAUCCCGUAAAUGUGCCGCUCCCCAGCCACUGCUACCAAGAAAGCUUCGUCGAUAACUCCGAAAAUCAAAAGGAUUUCAUUUCCCUAUCAAUUACAAAAAGUCGAAGUGGUAAAAGACACCAUCAUCAUCAUCAUCAUCAUACUAAUAAUAAUGGCAGAAAUCAAAAUAAUUCCAACAGUCAGUUUUUAAGAUCUUGCAUAGUAGGUCCAAUGGGACUGGUUGGGAUUACAACCAACAGAGUUCCAUGGACCACAAAUAUUAAUUGA